AUGGCUCUUCAUCACAAUGCCAGCAAGGUAACCGAGUUUAUUCUCCUGGGAUUCACUUCUCAACGAAACCUUCAACUCCUUCUCUUCAGCUUCUUCUUGGCCAUCUACCUCCUUAGUGUGGCAGGGAAUCUGGGUCUAGUCAUUCUUAUCCGAGCUGACCGUGCCUUGCACACACCCAUGUACUACUUUCUAAGCCACCUGGCCCUGAUGGACCUGUGCUCCUGCUGCACUGUAGCCCCCAAAAUGCUCUUGGGGCUCUUGAAAGGUUAUGACUCCAUUCCCAUCCCAGCCUGUGCCCUUCAGAUGUUCUCCUUUGCAGCUGCUUCAGAUGCUGAAUGUUGUCUCUUGGCAGUCAUGGCCUACGAUCGGUACGUGGCCAUCUGCCGCCCAUUGCACUAUGCAACUGCCAUGCCACAGCAUCUCUGCUGCCUCCUAGUGGCUGCUUCCUAUAUGGUAGGGAUGGCCUCUGGAGUGAUCCAUUCCAGCAUGGCUUUCCGCCUGCCCUUCUGCCGUGCGAAUACUUUGGACCAUUUCUUCUGUGAUAUCCCCCCGGUUCUGGCUUUGGCUUGUGCAGACACACAUAUUAACCAGUUCUUGCUCUUUGUAGUCUGUGGAACUAUCCAGAGCGUCACUCUGUUGGCUAUUAUAAGUUCAUAUGGAAUUAUCCUCUGCACUGUAGGACGAACAGGAUCAUUUCGAGCUAUGUCCACCUGUGGAUCUCACUUUACAGUUGUGGGAGUUCUUUAUGGUACUCUCAUUUUCAUGUACCUACGGCCUGAUGGCACAUAUGCUCCUCAAACAGACAAGAUGACUUCUGUCUUCUACACAGUAGCCAUACCUACCCUCAACCCUGCCAUAUACAGUCUUCGUAACACUGAAGUCAGGCAGGCAGUCAAGAAGAGGCUCAGUAGCAGAAGGUUUAAAAGAGUGGAAGUAUGA